UUUCCCGUAGAAUGUUUUGUAUUGCCUUGAUUGAGGUCAGAGCGAUUAUAUGCAGCUAAGGAUCAGCACGAACACACGUAUGGUAUAUAUGGAUGACUCCACCAUCUGUUGCAGAGGCUCAAUGCAAGGCAGGUUGAAGGGAAUGUGCUCGGGUACCUGAGGCCCGUCCGGCAGAUGUGGAAUAGGGCAAAUAUUCUCAACAAACAUGGCGGUGAACAGCGGACUAAUCUGGCAGCAAGUGAUCUUCCUGAGUCAAUUCGCAGGUUUUGUGUUGGCUGCGAGUUCAUGUCAAGGUGGGGCAGGGCAGUUUCCGUGCACGAAUCCCGCCUCGCCGAAAUGUUGCUACAGUAAAUGUUGUCCCGAAUCUGACUUUUCCAAGUUUCCCUUCUCAAAGUGUCCGAACUCGGCAUCGCCAAGAGGUGCACAGACCUGCCUGCAAUAUCACAUGACUUCAUGCUGUCCAUACAAAAUCGGUUCACGUGACAUGGGCCAAAGUUGCUGCGAGCCUGUAACAACAUAUACCUCGUGCCCAGGAAUUUCAAAAACAGAUUACUGUACUGUAAGAAGAGAGACUGCAUGUUGUUAUACAAGCUGUUGUGCUUACUGGGAAUUUAUGGGUUUUCCUUUCUCCAAGUGUUCGGGAACACGCGGUGCACCAGCUAGGUUCACAACAGAGACAUGUUAUACUUACCCGAAUACUCAAUGCUGUACUCUGACGCACGCUACUGGGACAAAAAGUAGUUCCGUCUUUUGUUGUUCUUCAAGAUACCACACGGAUUUCAAUACGUACAGUUCAUGUCUCUUGUUAACAACUUCAUCGGGCUGUUAUAUAAACCCACAUGACAUUUCAUGCUCCUGGACAAGAACUACUCACUUCUGCACUCAUUCUGCGGUGGCUAGAUGCUGUGCGUACGGCUGUUGCAACUCUCCGUCCUUCAGCACCUGUGGGCUGUGGUAUCCUUGGUCAACCCAUGUCUGCAGUGACUUCCGGUCACCGAGUUGCUGUAAUGCGGAGUCCAAGGGGAACAUUGUUGGCCAGACAUGCUGCCGUCCAUCAAAUAUAAAUACGCAUCAAAGCAGUGACAAUCAAUCAACGAUACUUGGAUGGACCCUUGGCGGGUCAAUUCUGGUUCUAAUUCCUAUCGCUGUUUGCGCUGCUCACUCGAUUGUAAGGAAACGGAGGGCAAGGAAUAGGCGGCCACCAACAAUGGAACUUGAACCCACGUCAACAACGAACCCGCCAGUAUCGGGGUUUCUCGGCUCCUCCAUCGAUGGGCCACCUCCCUCGUACGAAUCCGUCCAGGAACAACCACCGCAGUAUGAUCAGCUGAUAGACAACGAUCAACCACCCUCAUACAAUGAUGCAGUAAACCCUGUGUUCAAUUUGAAUACUGAGGCCACCAGAGCAAAUGGAUCAAGUGAUUUGAAUGUGAAUUGUGAUGUCGCCAAUAAUGAACGUGGCAUAUCAAGAGUUUAAACUCUCUGGCUUUGAUACGCCUGUUGUUGUCAGAUAGCGUGUCACUGCUAGCAUGCAUUGCGGAGUGGUCAAUGCAUGCAAUGCGCAGUGAUCACUGCAUGCAAUAAUCAAAUGUAUUACUU